AUGCAUAUGAAUAACAAAAAGUUAUCAUCCCUGGAUAUGAGGACAAAUACGAAAACUAAAGUAUGUUCUACACCAGAACGUCGUGUGGAUUCUCCGACUAUAGAUACCGAUUCUAUUUGUGAUUCAGAGACGGCUAGUCCUAUCCCGUUUUUGUGUACACAAGAUGAUGCGGAUGUUGUGUAUAAUUUCUACACGCCAAAAUCACAAUCCGAGAAAGCGCAGUUCAAAGGUACAACUCCGGUUAGUAAAAAGGUUAGGAAACCUGUGAGAUUACAAGUAGAAAAACGUUUACCAAAACGUAAGAUUAUCAAACCAUCAAAUCAGAGAAAUAAAUGGCUACAAGAUUUGCGUGAAUUAAAUCAAAAUGUUCACGAACUUGUUAAUAAAUCAUCGAAAGAUUCGGUGGAGAAGCCACAAUCUGAAGAAGAUAUUUUUAGUGACACAAGCGACAGUUCUCCCAGAACAGGUAUAGGCUCUAAGAAAAGAUGUCUAAGAAAAAAUGUUUUAAGCUUUAAACUCACAAAAGCUGAACCCGAAAGUGGUCUGGAUUCCGAUGAUUCAGUGAACGACUAUUUAAUACAAGUAAGCCAAGCCGUUGAAGAGAAAUUUAACGGCGAACCAAAAGUAAUAACAGAAGAAAGUUAUGACACUUUUGGUGAUAUCAGCUUCAAUCAAACCGACAAUGACUUUAACACAGAUUCAGUGCAUGUUUUACAAAGGAAUAAUAAUUUAGAAUCUUCAAACAUAGAGAAAACAAAAAAAAGAGAAUCGACCAUAUAUAAUAAUGAAUCAUUUGAUAGCUUAUUAGGAAACUUAAACGACAGUGUCUUUGACAACCUCACUCAAAUUCCUAUAAAUGGAGUAACAAAAACUAAAGGACCCGUUUUAGAAAUGAAAAACGAUACUUCUCUUAAUAAAAGUUUUGUCCGACACAACUCUAUGCCCGUGUCUCCCAGUGUCGCCAACAAUAGACCAUCUACCAGUGGAAUGUCAUUAGGAAGAUUUAAAUCUAUGCCAUUUAAUCAGAGCAGUGAAAAUAUGUUAGAUGGCUGUUCAAUAAAGUAUACUCAAGAUGAAAUAAAAAAGAAGCAUCAACAAGCAAGAGAAAAACUGCUCGCAAAAGGAAUGUUGCCAUUACUAUCUCAAAAACAAACUUCACAAAUGUUGCCAGCCCAAAAAGAUCAAGCUAAAAACAAUAUUCAUAAUAAAUCCGACAACAAACAAACUAAAGUCACAGAUAAAAACAAGAAUGUUAUGAACAACAACUCUAGUUCAGAAUCAAAUUUAAAACCGGACAUAAAAACUCUUAUUGAAAAAAAAAGACAGGAAGCUUUAAUGAAAUUAAGGAAAAGACAGGCCCAAUGUAGAUGA